GAGUGUGUUGCAGUGGCACACAGUGUUUUGUUGUGGGAAAAAAGAUUGUUGUUGUUCAAUAUUUGAUGCGCCAAUUACAUGUGAAUUACACAAUUCUACUGAGUCUCUUUGCGUAAUCGCACGCCGGCAUCUGUUGUAUCAACAAUCUCGCGAGUGAAAUUGCGUGUUGGUUGAAUUGCCAAUGUGAUAAAAGUCGCAGAGAGGAACAAAUUGAUUUUCUGCCACUCUCCGCACUUUGUUGACUCAACACGUUUUGUUCUCAUCAUCAUCACUCGACGACGGUGCGUUUUCUCAGUGCCGGAAAGAUGGUCGAGUCGACAGAAUACAGCGCAAAGAAGUAUCCCAUAAUAAAUCUGUAUGAAGAAUGGGAACUCUCGCCGAACAUCAUAAAGACUCUCAUCACCUGUGGCAUCACAAAUAAGGCCAUCCUGCGUCAAAUGCACCAGCACGACAUUAAUGAGAUCUUCUCAAAGAGGAGUCAAAUUGGGGAUAAAAUAUUUUUCAGACACAAAUUGCAGAAUUGGCGCGAAGAGAUCAAGCUGCCAUCGCUGGUGUGUUGUGACACGAUAAGAGUGAAAACAUUAGAUAUCGAGGAUGACCUCUCCAUAUCGCCCAUGUCAUCGAGAUCUUCAUCCCCAGAAGCGAGUUCAUCGCUCCUGAAAACAGUCGCGAUGCCUCUUCUCACGCCAAUCAUUUCCAAGUCCAAUCAACCCAUUCAGCUCCACAAUAUCAGUCCACCAUCUCCACAUGUGAUGCAAACCUCCUCGGCCAGCAUCAAAGCCAAGUUUCCGCCCAUGAUUCCACUCAACACCAAAUCCACAUACCGCCAAAUGCCCACAACGCCAAAUCUGGACUUUUCCGAGAUUUCGCGCAACUUCGAGGACAACUUUGACCUGGAAGCAGAACUGAGGAAAUCCUUCCAAGGACAGAAGAUCCUCGAGAACUAUCGCAAGUACAAUAUUCUCGGGAAAUCUGAUCAAAACAAUCUCACUAGAGUUGUUGCAAACUAUCAUUUGAUGACCAAAAUGCCACUCUCGGCGCAAAUUUACAUGUUCUACGCAACGAAAAUUCAGGAACUCUUCCCAACGGAGAGCAAAGAAACCUACUAUCUCCCAGCCAAUUACAAGAUGCGAAGAGCACCGCGGGGAAAACUGUAUGAUCGCUUUUGCAACAUGAAGCGUCAAACGCGCGCUGAUGAGGAAUCAAUUGUCCAAAACAUAAGAACCUACGGAAGCUACCAAAUGCAGACGCCGAUCUAUGAGAACAUGACUCCGAGUAUCAUGAGAUUUCAGUUGGAACACUCAGAAGAGGAAUAUAUCGCGAUUAAAGAGUUGCUGUUCAAUAUCAAUGAACCGUGGGAGGAUAUUGUGAGUGAGUGGAAGAAAUCUUCGCCUUAUCGUCUCAAUGAAAUCCGCAAUGAUGCAGAUUCGUCAAAGUCAAUUGAGAAAUGGCCGAGAUAUCGCGAUCCUCAAGGUUUUGAGCUUAUUGAUGUGGACUUUGCUGUUAUGUAUCCAGACAAGUCAGUGGAUUUACUUAUCAAUUACGAUACAUUCUGUGAGAAAAUCCAGCCCAUUUACAGAUCAGAAGUCAAAGACAAAUGGAGUUCUAAGCAUUUGGAAUUACUAGACAAUUUCGAUGUCAACAAAGACACAAAGGAUUGCAUUACUGCUCUUCUCAUCCACGCUGUUAUGCAUCCUCCUGUGCUGCCAGGACGCAUUAAGAUCUCCAUCACAGACGCUCAGAGAGAUCUUGUGCUUGUCAUCGAUGAUAUUAUGAAUUUGGACAAUGAGAGAGAGAAGUGGGAUCCAUCAGAGCCGAAAAUAAUUGCCGUGGGCGAUUCAUUUGAGAAUCUCCUUGAAUUCUACGUGGAUUACGAUGGAAUCUUGUAUCAAUUGCCGACCUUUAUCAAGUGCCUCGACACUGUUAUAAAGCUCUGCUUUGUCUUCAACAUCAACUACCCAAUCAGAAACAAGUACAUUUGGACAUUCUUUCAGCAAUACUUCUUCAAAAUCGAAUCACCAGAUUGUCAUCCGAAAAUUGCAAAUCUCAUGGGAAAAAUGAACAGUUAAUUUCAUAUCUUUUUCAAUUUAUAUGCCAUAAAAUAAAGGACGAAGUAU